CAAACCCAAAAAAAAAAAGAAAAAAAAGGAGAAAACAGAAAAAAAAACCUUGAUUUUUCUCCCUUCUGCAAAUCCACCAUCGCCACCAUCGCCACCAUCACCUCCGUUCUUUCACCUCGGAUCUUCACCAUGCCCUUGUUGAUCUGGCUUUGUUUUUUGUUUUGUGUGGGUUUUUUUGGUUUGUUUGUUUAUAUGUUGCUUUGCUUUGUUUGUUUGUUUGCUGUUUCUUGCUCUGUUCGGUGCAGAUCCGGCGGCCUUCUUUCUCCUCCGGCGGAUCUGUGGCGGCGCGCGCCAGGGCUGCCAAAUCUGACGCCCACCGCGGCGCUCCUGCUGGUUCCAAGGGACUAUGGCCGCCUGAUCGGGUUACCGCCUGGAGCUGAGCAAUUUUACGUUUGGAGAGCUGCCAUCACCUACAGGAGUAGCUCCGGCAUUUUUCCUUCCUUCACGGUGCAGCUACAGCACUCAUCCACAGGAGUAGCUUCAGCCUUUUCCCUCCUUCACGGUGCAGCAGCAACCAUCCAUGGUCUGAUAGUUGAGCGAUCAUCAUACGGUUAUGCUUACUGUUAUAACGUCUUGCUGGAUGCACUUUUUUUGGAAUAUAGUCAAUAUACCAUGAAUAUGGCAUGAAUUUGGAAACCGUAGGAAAAGAAUGAUGGCUUAUAUCGUGAGCAUGCUCUUUAAUGGCUUGUUUCAUCUUUUUUUUUUUUUUUAAGUCAUCACUGGAAAUUGUCCUCUUAGCAGUCAUAGCCCACCCCUUCAGCACGUAAUCUUGUUUAAUUAAGUCAGACCAUCCAUUCCUGCAUAUUAAAUUAAAUGGCCCCUUUUUUUUUUUCUCUUUUUUAAACUCCUUUCUGCACUGAUUUUCUUUCUUUUUCUUUUUCUGUACAUUUUUUAAUCUUGUUUCCACAAACUGCUGCACUUUGUCUUGAAGUAAAGAAAUAUCAUGACAAAAUAUAUACAUGGCAUUAAACAGGAAACCCAUACUGUUUUUUUUUUUCUUUUCUUUUACUGGAAUUUGGAUCUGCUACUGCUUUUUUUUUUCGUGCUCUCCUGUUUCCUUUUUUUUUUUUUUUCUUUUCCUUUGUCUUCUGUGAAACUUGGAAUUUGGCCUGGGCUACAUUAAAGAGUGCUGGAAUUU